GGCUACCAGCUCUAAUCAUGAUUACGAUCACUUUUUCCAAUUUCUGAGGUGGUCACUUAGUACAGCUUUUACUAGUUAUUAACUUCUUCUAGUUUGUCACAUUUUCUUUCAAUGGAAAAAACCAACACCAACUGUAUCCAAUAUAACGUUGAUACAUAUUUUCUCAUCAGUUCAAAGAGAGAAAAGGAUUAGGAAUCUGGUGGACAAGAUCAGAAAAAGUGGAAGCAAGGAUGGGAAACAGAAAUCUCACGUGGCCUGUGUCCAAGUGGCAAAGAAAACAGUGAAGCAACGUAAGAUGUUUAUCGAAUGGCUUCACCGAUCCUCUGACAACUUUCAGUAUAAACAAGUAAGACUGAAAGAUGGUGGAGGUGUUCGUGAGUUCACCAACAGUGAUGACAAUGAGAUCUCAGUGGAUUUUCUCACAGCAAAAGGCAUGAAGUUAAUCUCCCUGAAGAAGUGUCAAAGUUUGGUGCCGUAGAUGAUGUAUUUCAAUUUAGGUAACUACGCACAGGAAAGGAUAAGAGCAUUUACUGACACCGAUAGAAAAACAUGUACUUUUCAAGAGUAUCUAAAAUCCCAGGGCCUUUAUGCAAGCAGGUUUCAUGUUUACUUGAUGUCAGCACCCACAGGAAACAGAGCAGAAAGGCCACAGAUCGGCGAUUCCCAAGAUGAAGCAGUGGCAGUGUCUUCAUAUUCUGAUGUGAUAGUGAAACCUGUCAUUUUCAAGAGCAGAUUGCUACGACCUUUAUUCUUGUAAUGAUUUUUCAAUUCAAGAAGUGGCAUUGACAGAUUUUGACCUAUUGGAAUGUGGCUUCACCGUGGUGAAAAAUGUUUUUUCGAAAGGAGUGACAAACCAACUUUGGAAGAGGGAAACGAGUCCAAGAUAGUCUUUUCACAGGCUGAUGCCCAACCUAGUAGCCUUAUCCUACACCCUCCAUACGAGGUCUGAGGCUAUGAUGGAAACCAGCUGACACCGGGAGUUGUAUCAUUGUGCUACAUGUCACCAAAUGCAUGGUACGCCUGGUACUGUUAUGGAAUCAAGAUAAAAGAGGGAAACAAAAAUUGCUGUUUGCCGGUUUCUUCACCUGGUAGCUAUAGAGUGGAGGUGCACAGUGGGGAACACAACAAGACAUCAGAGCCAGUUUUGGUUUCCAAUUUGAGUGAUUUGGGAUCUCCAAGCUUCUCUGCUGCCGACACAACUGCUAACGAGAACAUCACUCAGUUGCCUGUAGUGGAAAAGGAAAAGAUAAACUUCUCAGCUACAGACAAAAUUGGUUGAGUUUCUUUUGGCAUUGUUUACAAAGGUGUAUGGGCUGGAACCGAAGUUGCAGUGAAGCAUGUGAAAAUAUGAAAUGCCAAGCGUCUUCGGUCAGUCAUGGAAACGGAGGUACGACUUCACAGCAUCGUUCGCCACCCAAACAUCGUCCAACUUAUGGCAAUUUCAUAUCUGAAGAACUCAAUUUACCUGGUCUCCGAACUUAUCAAAGGGCGCAAUUUGGAGGAAUUACUAUUCAGCGAUGAUGAAAACUCUGAAACAUUUUCCAUUCAAAGCUGUAACAAGCUCAAUGUGGGAAAGCAAAUUUCAUUAGCUGUCAUCUACUUGCAUAAUUUACCUCCAUUGGUUCACAGGGACAUAAAACCUGCCAAUGUACUGAUGGCCAAGGCAACACACAUCACUAAGCUGUGUGACAUGGGUUUGAGCAAGUUGAAGUCUGUGCAGUCCCUCAGUCAGACCACUAGCACAGGAAUCCCAGGAACUCCCUCCUAUAAGGCUCCUGAAUGUCUGCUUGAGAGAAAGAAAGCCACUGUCCAUUCAGAUGUCUGGUCAUUAGCAUGCAUGUUAGCUGAACUUUUCACAGAGAAGGACUGCUGGGAACAUCUGUUGGAAGAUAAGAAAGCAGCUGCUGGAACAGAAAGUGAUGGUUCAGAUAGCGAUAUUACGGCAAUAAUUGCUGUCAUGAAAAAGAAUGUCCUCACUCAGAGUCCCUACCAACCACAAUGGCUGCUUCCCUUCAGAACAUCCUCAAGGACUGUUUUAAGUAUGAAACAGCAAUGAGGGCGUGUGCUAUUGACAUUGUCAAUGCAUUCUCGUAAAAACUAGCCAUUAGACGUCUAAAAGAUAUUUUAUAGUGCAACUACUUGAAUAGCGCCAUCUGGAUCAAAAUUAACCAAACAUAAUCAAAACGUUAAUUGGUCUUAAGGUAUUCCUGGAGGCUAAAGUGACAUUUUUGUUUUGCCAAAAUUUUUUGUCCACUGGAAAAUAAUUUUAAAACACAAACGUACGCUAAGUUUUAGGUCGGAAAAACCAAACCCGUCUGAGAUAUUGGCAUGCGAAGUUUCGUUUCUAUGUAGGUUUUCGUGGUAAAAAUACGAAAAAAGGUCCUGCUGUGGAUCUCCCAAAGGAUGGUCUUGUUGACAGCUCAACGCAAUAAACCCUGGUAAUCUGAAAUGUGACACCCUCUUUGAUCGUGAUGGCAGCCGAGGAAGCAGUAAAUGCGCUCGACUGUACUCUCGGAGAGAAUGGGUAAAUAAAUCGUUUCAUGUACUGAAUUUUGUUGCUUUUCUGUACUUGUUAAGAGAUUUACAAUGGCUUUUCUGUCGUCCAGAUUUCAGGGAACUCCUCCUGGCCUGGUGAGGUUUCUUCACGGUUUUCACCAGAGACUGGACGAGACUGCGGAGCAGGCAAGAAGGCGUUUUUUCGCCAAGUAUUCGGCAUAUUGUGGGUAAGUACCUCAGUGACUUUUGCCCUAUGAUAUUCACGAGGACCUUUGAUGCCAUGUUUACCUCUUUAAUGCCAUUUCUGCCUUUGUUUGGUGCGUAUUUGAAGGUAAUGUAUGAUUUCAAUCUUCCACGUGGCAGUUUUGUAUGUGGUUUAUGGUCUUGAUGGAGCCAAGUUUUCACUAGCAACGGACAAAUAUAAUUGCUUAACACUGAGAAACGUUAAAAUGUAUAGAUUUUUCUUUGUUGUUUGCACUUGCCCCGUUUCUUAGUGUUUGUAUGCAGUUUUAUAUCGACUUUUAUGUUGACUUGUGUCAUUCUAUUUUGCUGACCGGGUAUCUGAGUAGCCUAUAGUUUACUUGAAAACCAUUUCAUUUUUCCCAUCAUUUUGGUGCUUUGCCUCGUGUGACGAGGUUCACAAAACAUGUUUGUG